AUGUCAAAAGCUAUAGAAAUGGAAAUUGACCCGAGGACCAACAAUAAUAACUAUGUUGAACUUGAGCCAAUGGACAUUACAUUUUGCGAGACAACCACAUCGCGUUCUUCCGAAGACGACGCGUUUGAAACGGAAAUUCCAAUUGCGUCAACUUCUAGAGUCGCCACGACGCGUUCUUCUACUCGGUUGAAGCGAAAAGUGGACAACUAUUCAUAUUCUGUAGUCUCGUCACGUUCCAAAGCAAAGAAACCAAAAGCUGCUAAGAAGAAAACGAAACGAUACGAAAUAGAUCCAAAGGAAGUCCCUGAAACAUCUGAAUUCGAGUUAAUCGGUGAAGAUUUAGUUGGGAAUGAUGAAAUACCCGAGAACUUUGAAGACCCAUUAAUGAGCGACGUUAAACCAGAAAGAGAUGAAUCAUUACCCUGCCGUUACCUCGACGACUUUAUCUUUUAUGAUGUACGGAAUGACAAUAAAAUAAUCAAUUUAGAUGCAUAUGACAAUUUAGAAUGUGAACUUCGCGCAUCUGGCUUGAUUGAGUACAGUCAAUCUGGUCAAAGCGAGAUAUGGCUCCGUACAGAAUUCUCUUGGUACAAAUUAGUGAAUCCUUCAGAUGCCUACAAAUCUUGCUUUACUCCCUUGUUUAAAAAAAUUCGACUUGCAAAUCUUAUUAUUCAAGCGAUGGCGGCAAGUCCUGAUAUUACUUAUGGAGCAUUUCUAGAUUCAUUAAAAUCGCCACCUUCAAGCAGCUCGAAUGACAACAAUGAAUUUGAGUUGAGUAUAACCUUUAAUGAGAAUGACAUCACCUCAGAAAUAUCCUAUAUUUGUGAAGAAAUUAACGCGUGGAUGGGAGAGCUUGAAACGCAAGAAGAAGAAAACUGGAAAAUAUUUGACUGCCCACUAUUCAUAACUUUGCAAAAAAUAUUAGAUAAGAAACCAGGUUCGAAAAGAUCAAAACACAGUACUGCAGAUACCGAUAUGCGAAGAACAAAACGAAAUGUCAGCUUAAAGAACUCGAAUACAGCUGUACUUCGACAUACGAAUCCAACAUGCGUCACUCCAUUUAUACGAGAUCUUACAAAAGGAUUAUUUGUUCGCAAACUUGUAACUGCCCCGCAAAUAAAUGGAGUAACCGACAAUAAGCUGGAAGAUAUUUCGGAUAAUGAUCACUUAAUUAACAUUGAAAAAGAAACUACCGACAAGAUUGAUUGGAUCGAAAAAAUCGGGGCUGAACAUGGGCUUACCUACUACAGCUCCGUUAGAAUCGACGAUGAGAUAAUAAGUGUAGGCGAUAUUGUAUACGUUCGUAAUGACGAAUCGAACGAACCAUGGUUCGCCAAAGUGAUUUAUAUGUUUAAUGAUCCAGAAGAAGGCAAAAUGUUUCAUUCGCGUUUCUUUAGUCGUGGAAGAGAAACAAUUUUAAAAGAAUUGGCUGGUGCUCAUGAACUUUUUUUAUUGGAUCAAUGCGCUGAUAAUCCGUUGGCGUCCAUUAUGAAAAAAGCAAAUGUAAAACGGGUCGAUACUUCGGAAACUUUAUCAAAGGAAGAGAGAGAUAAUCUGAAUGAGAAAAAUGAAAGUAAUGACAGUUAUUAUUAUCGAUUUUGGUAUGACGAAGAAAGGCCUGCUUUUAUUGAUGCAAGAUUGAAAGAACCUGCAAACGACAUCAAAAAUCUGCUCGAUUAUUGUUACGCCUGUGAGCAUCACUGGGCAAAAAAAUUGAAUAAAAAGGCAAGGUGGAUUUCUCCUGAGGACACCGCAAAUGGUAUUGUAUAUAAAGGUGUAGAAUAUCAUUUACACGAUUUCGUUUAUUUGAUUCCCGAUGUGUCACAUCAGGCAUCUCCAUAUGAGAUAGCCCAAAUCGUCGAAAUAUUUGACAACGAUGCAACGCCUUCGGGUAUAUUGAAUUACUUUAAAAAAAAGAAAAUAAUUAAACGACCUGAAAACGACGAUGAGAAUGAUGCAGAUGAUCAAACUGCAAAUAUCAAAUUGACUGUGCGUCAUCUUGUGCGUUAUGAUGAUCUUCUUGAGUCAAAAUAUUCAAAGAAAAGUCUGACCAAUGAAACAAAUUCGACAGAAAGUUCAACAAAUGCAGAGAUAUACGAGAAGAAAGAGAUUAAAGAUACGAGAAAAUUAGUAUUCACAUCAGAAAAGACAUUGAUAUCUGUCGAUAAACUUGAAGGUGUAUGUUGGGUGGAACACUCUGACACUAUCUAUGAUUUUGAUGCUUACAAGGACGAAAGGGAUACAUUCUACGUUAAGGAUCAAAUGAACAAACCUGGUCGUAAACAUCUAGAUUUACAAGAAAUCGAUAAAACCGAGAUUCAUCUCUGCCAAAUAUGUCUUGAAAAAAGACAGAAUCAUAAAACGGAACUAGUUGAAUUUAUGCAAUUUAUCCAGAAUGGGCAUACCUUGCGUGCUAUGGAUAUAUUUUCUGGUUGCGGAGGCAUAACGGUGGGAAUGGAAAAAACUGGCGUAGUUGAUACGCGUUGGGCAAUUGAAUUUGCACCGAGUGCAGCAUUAACUUUCAAAAAAAAUCAUCCACAAGCCACCACAUACAAUCAAUGUGCGAAUUUGUUGUUAGAGAGAGCAAUAGCUCAACAUAAUCAAGAGGAAUUAGGUGAGCUUGAGGAUUUUCAGGGUAAACUAGUAGAAGCCAUGCCUGCUAAAGGCGAAGUUCAAUUCAUUUACUGUGGGCCUCCAUGUCAAGGGUUCAGUGGAGUGAAUCGAUAUAAGAAAGCGGAUGAUAUCAAAAAUUCGUUAGUGGCAACGGCACUCAGUUAUGUCGACUUCUAUAGGCCAGAAUAUUUCUUGCUUGAGAAUGUGCGGGGUAUGAUAGCUUUUAGAUUGGGCGGCGAACAAGAUGGAAAAACGAAAAUAAAAGGAGGGAUAUCAAUGGGAGUAGUGAAAUUCAUUUUAAGAGCUUUGACCGCCAUGGGAUAUCAAGCUAGAUUUAGCGUUCAACAAGCGGGCAAUCAUGAAGUUCCACAAAGUCGACGACGACUGUUCAUUUGGGGAACAAAAAUCGGUCACAAUCUCCCAGACUUUCCACAGCCCUCAACUUGCUUCGCUCAACGAGGAUCAAUUUCGAUUCCGCUACCGGAUGGUGGUAGUUUUCAUUAUAAUCUACGCACAAAUGGAUUUGCGCCGCAUCGUGGUAUCACUGUUGGUGAAGCAAUCAACGAUCUUCCAGAAUUUGAAUACGUUAAUCCACAUGAAGUAUAUCCUGCAACUGAAGAAGAAAAGAACGAGAAACCAAAGUGGAAACAACUUAGAGUUCCAAAAGUUGGCUGCGUUGGCGAGGCAGAACGUGAAUAUGAAUCAGAGCCAUUGUCAGAGUUUCAGAGACAGUGUCGUAAGAAAGCUAAAAAAUUAUAUAAUCAUGUGACCAGAACUUUUCUAUCUCUUAAUGUUGAGCGCAUUUAUAGAGUUCCCUUAAUACCCGGUGCCGACCAUCAUGAUUUGCCAGAGAGACUAAAACCAUGGUGUUUGAGUGAUCCGAAUUCAGCCGCAAGUCGACACAAUGGUUGGAAGGGCUUAUUCGGAAGACUUGACUUUAAUGGUCACUUUUCUACAGCAUUAACUGACGUAAAUCCUAUGGGAAAAACUGGAACGGUAUUACAUCCAAAUCAACGGCGCAUACUCACUGUGCGUGAAUGUGCACGUGCUCAAGGAUUUCCGGAUGAUUUCAUAUUUUACAGCGAUCGUGGUGAUAUGAAAGACCUUCAUCGUCAAAUUGGAAACGCGGUACCACCUCCGUUGGCGUUCGCUUUAGGGGAAUUUUUGGUCAAGGCAUUAUUCGAAAAAUAUAAGCAGGAAAGGGUGAAUAUAAAAAAUAAAGGCAAACAAAAGAAUUAUUAA